AUGGAAGCCACCCAGGAAUCUACUCAACCAUGCGCAGACCCUCGCCGUAUGGGUCUGAACAACUCUGGCCUUCACGAGCAGGAUCUGGCCGACAUCAUCUGUAUCCUGCAUCCAAACUCUCAUGCAGCGCAUGAUGCGGUAGCUGCCACGGCGAGUCUAGGCAGUCAACACAUUCUCCAACAAGAUAUCUUGGACUUCGAAACGUCCGAGACUGCUGCCCUCGAUGUUGCCUUGAGACUGUCAUCUCAGGUAUGCGAUCUUGGCGUGGGCUUUUGCUUUGGUCGCAAUCGCGCUCGCUGCGAUAUCCUUCUGGCCGUUGACGAUGAAGCGAAACGGGUGUCUAACACUCACUUUCGGAUCUACCUCACUGGCGACGGCAUCAUCAUGCUGCAAGACACAUCUACCAACGGGACGAUAGUAGACAACUGCCGCCUCAGGAAGAAUCAAAAGGAGAACAGUCGGAUGCUCACCAACGGCUCCGUCAUCCAGGUGGUGACUGGGAACCAAGGAUCCGAUGAGGUGCGAUUUGUGGUGCGGAUUCCGUCUCGUGAAGGUUUUGCCGUUCAAUACACUCAGAAUGUACUUCGUUACUUCGAGCGUGUCCAACAGGUGGCAGGGGACAUGCAGCUUAAGAAUCGGAAUGGCCCCACUCCACCUAUGCUAUCAUGGUCGGUCGCAAACACAUACGGUAUGCAUUGGACGGGCGGUUCGAUGUAUAACGUGACCGGGCAGAUCGGGAAAGGCGCCUUCGCCACUGUCUACAAGCUUGCUACUAAGCAACAUGGUGCAAUCUAUGCGGCGAAGGAGCUGGACAAGCGGCGCUUCAUGAAGAAUGGUAUCCUGGAUCAAAAGGUCGAUAAUGAGAUGAAGAUUAUGCGUGAUUUGAAACAUCCCAAUAUCGUUCAAUAUAUCGACCACCAUGAACAUGAUCGAUGGAUCUACAUUAUCAUGGAGUACGUCCCCGGGGGCGAGCUGUCGACAUAUUUGUCAAGCCACGGCAAAAUCGCAGAGGAUAUGGUGCGGACAAUCGCUCGCCAGCUCUUACGGGCGCUCCACCAUCUCCACAAAAGACGAAUCACUCAUCGCGAUGUCAAACCGGACAACAUCUUGAUUGCCUCCUUGGACCCGCUGCGCAUCAAACUGUCGGACUUUGGACUAUCAAAGGUCACCCAGGAGGAGACAUUUCUAAAGACAUUCUGCGGUACACUGCUGUACUGCGCGCCAGAAGUGUACCCCGACUAUGAAACAUACCGGCGAGGUGAGGUCAGGAAGAGACGUCGCGUUGGGGACCCCCCUCCAAAGACGUCUCCAUACAGCCAGUCCGUCGACAUGUGGUCACUGGGUGCUGUCCUGUACCAUAUUCUAUGCGGAGUCCCUCCAUACUCGGGGCGCGCAGAAGACCGCGGUGUCGCCAUGCUGCGUAGCAUCAUGGAGUCAGAAGCUGAUUUCGAUAUCUUGCGACGUGAGGGCGUAUCAGAGUCGGGCAUUCACUUUGUCUCUCAACUCCUUAACCGGGAUCCCUUCUCUCGGCCCACGGAAAAGCAAUGCUUCCAGCAUCCGUGGAUUGCUGAGGUCCAGGAUGUGGAUGAAUACGAAGACGACGACAUCUUGGAAGACGCACGCGACACUCUUUCGGUUAUAGGAGAGGCCGAAGAGGAGCUUGACGCGUCCCAGCUGUCUAUCCAUGAGGAAAGUGCGUACACAUAUGCGGCUGGCGGAGAGGAGUCCAGCAGCAACGAAGCUCUCGCCAAAAAACCACGCAUCGAAUACAUCCCGACGGACAUUCGGUAUCCAUCGUUGCCCAAAAUCGAGAGUUUCCAGGAUGGCCAAAUGGUUGCCGAGACCCACGCAAGGCGGCUCUUUGGUGAAGUCACGUCUUCAGCUCUGCGCAGCUCCCAUGCCCUUGGCCACACAGGGUCCUGGGAUGACGGUGACUAUGAUGCCGAGGGCUUUGCUUCUUCUGGUGAGUCGGUCAGCGACGAACGCAGUGUCUAUUCGAUCAUAUCUCUCCCGGAACACCCAUUCGGCGGCACGGCACCCAGCCUGAUGGGCGCAGAGAAUCUCGUUAGACGGCUGAAUAUGAACUCCUCGCUCCCUCUCUUCCCUGCACAGACCGGCCUGGUUAACCAAAUCUCGACGCGGCAGACCAGCCCUGGACAACCCACGGUACACACGGAGUUCAUAAAAGCAGGGAGCACCCCGCGUGAGGUGCUUCCUCUUACAUCCAGUGCCAACGAUACGACACCCAAGGCGCCCAAGCUGUCACGCCGUAUCGACCUGGAAUUGCCAGAAACUGCUAGCGAGCGCUCCGAUAGCAGUGCGCCUGCCAGUCGCCCCCAAUCUACCCAUCCUCCGGACCUGUCUGCAGGGGAGGACUACGAUGUCGACUUUGCGACUACGUUGGAUGCGCAAACCGGCCAGGCCAUUUUGGAGCAACUGCGCACGGCCGAGGAGGAGGAGCCGUCGGAUCCUAUCGUGCAUGAACAACCCGAUGCCCCCGGUAUCCCAACUACCAUGCCUGUGGCCGAGUUCACCAAGCCCCCUAAGCUUCUUGGAAGACUCCGAAGUCUCCCUGGAUCAAUGUUUGAUCUAAAUCUCCGCCUCGAAAACAGAAUGACCUCCUGGGGUCGUGGUCCCGACGCAACCAUCCGCCAUCCGGAUAACAUGGACGUGCGCAUUCCCGCCUACGCACUCGAAAUUACCUUCUGGGCACCCGGACUGGAACGUCAAAUUGCCGAAGGCCAAGAUUGGACGCAAGUUCCUGGCGUGAUGGCCGUUCUCUCCACCAAAACACGCAAAUGCAUCUGGGUCAACGGCACGGAACUGCGCAAGGGGGGUCCGGAAGGUCUACAGUUCGGCAAGCUCUACACGGGAGAUAUCAUCACCAUCUACAAGCAUAAGGAUAAUGGGGAGUUCUUGGAACUGCGAUGUGAGUUCUAUCACGGCGAGAGCGCGCAGCCCCGGCCCGCACAUGAGACCGGGUUCGUCGUGCGGCAAGCACUCGUGGGCAAGCCGGACGGCUCCAAUCGCUUGUCUGUCCGACCGAACCGCAUGAAGGAAGCCGAGUGA